AAUUCUACAUUCUAUGUACGUUGGGACUGUUGGAGAGUGCGUUGAGGUUGAGUCGUUGAGUGGAUAAAAACCAGUAACUUUUAUACCUGCGAUAAAAAUAGAAAUAGUUGACCUGGAUGUUCGGCGAAAACCAUCGAGCUUUCAGUUCGGGAGAACGAGAGUUCAUACGUUCAUACAUUCUAUGCCAUUGCGUAUGCGUAUUGUACUUUGUACUGAAAUUAAUCUCUAUCCCUACCUUUUAUGUGUCCAGACGUAGAGAGGGAGAAUGUAUAUUGUCGUCUGCACCUGCCGUACGUAGCCAUCUUGUUCGGAGUAGUUGCUUGAGAAACAGGUUACAGUUAACUGGUUCAGAAGUUUAAAAAAAUUAUAUUUUAGUAAAUAAAGUCUAUUAUGGAUUCCGGCACAGCUGAAUGCAGACUUUGCUUAUCGCAAAAAGAACUAGUUUUAGUGUUUAACUGUGAUGAUGAAGGACCUAAAAAAAUGAACGAGUUAAUAUUGUUGACAACUGGAGUUGAAAUUUUGGAGAAUGAUGUCAUCUCAAAGAAAAUAUGUCUCAAUUGCAGUAACACUGUUAUUAAAAUGCACGAAUUCAGAGAAAUAUCUAGCAACUCGGAUAGAUAUCUAAAGGAAAAAUUAGUCGAGCUUUUAAAAGUAACGGAAAUGAAAAUUCCCAACACCGAUGUCACGGUUACAACUCGGAAACAACUUAUACAAGAAAAACAAGACGAUUCUAAUACUAACGUACCUGAAAACACAGAGAGUAAUACCCUAGGCCAAAAUAAGUUAGAUGUAUCAAAAGAAGAAGACAUUGAUGAUUUUUCACAUAAUUCAGAUGUACUUAGGAACGUAAUAGUUCAUGAAUCAGUGUCAAAUCUUUUUUCUCUUCAUCCAAAUCUUAAAUUACGGAGUGGUGUGCUGGCUUUGGAUAUCAAUCCCUUCGUUAGCUUAAAAUUAGACGCAGUCGAAAAAUACUGUAAUAAUAAUAAUAUAAAUUUAAAAUUAGGUAUUCAAAGACCAGUUAAUGUAAAUAUUGUCGAUAAAAAGACUAUACCGUUACCAAAAAAUGGUUUUUCGGAUUCGAAUUUUCGUUCAGAAACAAAUAUUUUAGAAGACAAAGAAUCUUUCAAGACUCCCCAGAGCAAUCAAACGAUGUUGAACACGACUCCUUUUAGUAUUAAGCUUGUAGAUAUUCAGAGUAAGUUCAAAGUAGAUCCUAUUAAUACGAGUUCGAAUGAUCCAUCGAAGUUUAAAGUUGUUCCCAAAGACUUCUUUAAACGAACUAGAGAGAGUAGUGAAAGUGAAGUUUCAGUAAAAGACACACAACAAGGUAAAUUUAAAAAAAGAAAAUUAUUGUCCAGUAUGCAACAUUUCGGUUGCAGGUUUUGUAAAAAAAAAUUUAGAAACAGUGAAUAUAAAAGACGCCAUGAACAGCAAUGUACUAUAGGUUAUGCUUUAAACAGCAAGCCAUAUGUUGAAUUGAUUAGAGUUGAUCUAGAUUUAAAAAUUAGAAACAAAUAUUUGUUCAAUAUUAGAAACAAAUAUUUGUCAAAUAAUACGAGUUUCGGUCAAAGAAAAAUUAGUCCUAACGAAGUUAUAGAAUUAUCCGACAAUGACGAAUCAGUUUUGGACUCGACUACAAUUACUAGUGUUGCAACUGAACCGAGUAGUAUUGAAAAGAUGGGAAAUGAGUGUGAAACGAAAUCGAAAAAUCCACCGACCAUUGAUAUACUCGGUGACGAAAAAUAUUUACCUCGAUUCGAGGUGUCAAAUACUCCCAAUGAAGUAGUACCUGCGAACGUGUUACCGGUUCAAUAUUUAAGCACAUCAAUAGUGAGGCCGACUAUCUUAAUAAGAAACGACAGUUUACUUAAUGGUGGUGAUAUGUAUGGUUCCGACAUUGCCCUAGUCAAAGAAUUAAUACAAAACUCGAAACAAACAGUUCGUUAUCGUUUAGUUACUAAAAACACAUCACUGCAAACUCUGGCUAGUAAGGACAUAACUUCAACCUUCACUUUGAAAAAUAUGUUUUCACAGUUGAAGUUAUAUAAAGUUCCGAUAAAAAUUCGAAGUGGCGAACAUUCUGUCACUACCUCCAAGCCAGAAAUUGAAACAGAGAAGGAGGUCGAUGGCUGGCACGAUAUAAAACCAGUACUCUUAACUAAUACAAACUCUAUAGUAGAUAUUAACAAUAUGAGAUUGAGACCUUUGCGUACAAAGAAAAAAGACUCUUUGUGGACAUAUAAAAUAGGAACAGCCUCUUCUAAACAAUUUAAUUAUGAAUUAAAAAAGACGAACAAAAAAGCCUCAUUUAAAGCAAAAAAUUUAAAAUGCAGUAUUUCAUCACAAACUCCUCAAACCAUCGGAAAUGGAGUAAAAGAGAAUAUUAUCCCAGAUUCCAGUAAAAUGUCUUUAACUCAGGAGGAAAAUAAAGUUUGCAGUCAGAAUACAUCUUCAACUAUAAUAACACCUCCCUCAACAAUAACACCUCCUAAUGCUGUUCAAACCGUCUUUUCUCAAAAUAACGGAACAAUUAUUGCUAAUGUUUAUAACCAAAGCCAAGUGAAUCUCUCUCAAACCCUGAAUUCAUCUGUUCAUAUGACUAAUAAUUAUACGGAACAAAUUUUUACUCCAGAUGUGCUCAACAAUACUUCAAACGUCCAACAAAUGUUCAUACCUACGAAUAACACAUUGAAUAGUCAUGCCGGUCAUCUACAAAUAUUGUCUCAUACUCUAAACAACGCAUUAGUCAACAACAUCGACAAUAAUUCUCAACAAAUGUUUAUACCAUUGUCAAGCAAUUCGAUUAAUUCAGCAAAUUGUAUUCCUCAACUUUUCGGCUCGUCCAACGGUACCGUUAUGGCAGCUAAUAAUCAAUCUUCUAUUUUAAUACCAAUUAUGAGUCCUAUGGUAUCUGACGGCAGUAUUCCUAAUUUGAAUGUAAUAACUCCAAGUCCUAUGGUAUCUGACGGCAGUAUUCCUAAUUUUAAUGUAAUAACUCCAAGUCCUAUGGUAUCUGACGGCAGUAUUCCUAAUUUUAAUGUAAUAACUCAAAGUCCUAUGGUAUCUGACGGCAGUAUUCCUAAUUUGAAGGCAAUCGCUCCAAGGCCUAUGGCAUCUGACGGCAGUAUUCCUAAUUUGAAGGUGAUCGCUCCAAAGCCUAUGGUAUCUGACUGCAGUAUUCCUAAUUUGAAUGUGAUCACUCCAAGUUCUAUGGUAUCUGAUGGCAGUAUUCCUAAUUUGAAUGUGAUCACUUCAAGUCCUAUGGUAUCUGACGGCAGUAUUUCUAAUUUGAAUGUAAUCGGUUCAUUGAGUACUGUACCAAAUCCGACGAAUGUAGGUUUUACGUAUUCUUUCAGCAAUAAUACGCAGAAUACAGUAUCUUUGGUAAAUAACACGCCUAUAAUAGUUAAUUCUUCAGUUGGAAACUGUAACAUAACGUCAAAUAUGUUUACAAGCAAUGAGGUUCAACAGAAUAUGUUAAGUAGUGUAAAUCUUGCGCCGAAUAAUAUAACCGAUAGUUUGAGUACUAGUACAUCCGUUGUUCAAAGCCAUACUCCUGUUCUGUCAAAUAAUUUCACGAUACCCCAACCAUUAAUUAGGGUUAAAAAUAUAUACGAAUUAAAAUAAUUGUAAAAUAUUGUAAUAUAGACUAAAUGUUCUAUUUUUGUAAUGUGUUAUUUAUUAAAUCUUUUUUAUUA